UCAGGUGUGAUGCGUUUUUUUUUCUGUUGCUAUUGUAGAUGUUUAAAGAUCCAGAAAGCUUUGCUCAGCAACAUUACAAUAUGACGCCACAGCUAAGUAAAACCGAAGAUGACACAUCAUGUAUUGACACUAGUGUGGCACACACUGAGAGUUAGUGGACUGGCCGACUCCCUUCUUCUGUCUUUUUUAUGUCCUAUAUUGUACAUCUAUCUGUUAAAAAAAACUAAAGGUGAGUGAACCCUCUGCUCUCGCUGCUUAAAUGAUUGUAGUUGUUAAGGCUACCACGAUGAUGUCUGAACGAGACAACACUUAUGUUUGAGCCGAGGGGAUUUUGUCUAAUUUUGAGGUGUGUUGAUUAUCCCGGGACAGGAAAAUGGUUGGGAAGCCUGUGAUUGCUGGCCUGGUGGUCCUGCUAGUGGCUGCAGUGAGCCUGUUCCUCGGGGUCUUCAUGGGUAUGGGGAAGAAAAACACGCUGCCCCCCUCCGACCACUUCUACUCAAAGGCUGCUGUGGCUGCUGAUGCUGGAAAGUGUUCAGAAGUGGGGAGAGACAUUUUGAAGAAAAACGGAUCAGCCGUGGAUGCUUCCAUCGCUGCCUUGCUAUGUGUCGGUCUUUUGAACGCUCACAGCAUGGGAAUAGGAGGGGGGCUCUACUUUGUCAUCUAUAAUGCUUCCACAGGGAAGGUGGAAACAAUUGAUGCAAGAGAGACUGCACCCAUGAACGCCACUGAAGACAUGUUUGGCAACAACACCAAGCUUUCCCGUGCAGGUGGAUUAUCCAUAGCCAUUCCUGGGGAGAUCCGUGGCUACGAGAUGGCACACAAGAGGCAUGGCAGGCUGCCAUGGAAGGAGCUGUUUGAGCCCAGCAUUACCUUGGCUCGCCAUGGCUUUCCUAUAGGAAAAGCUUUGGCUCAUGCCAUCUUCAAGAGCAAAGAUUCAAUUCAAGGGAAUGCCAACAUGUGUGAGGUGUUUUGUGAUUCCCAAAAAAACAUCUUGAAGGAAAACGAUAUAGUCAGAUUUCCAAAGUUGGCCGACACAUACCAAAGAAUAGCAGAAGACGGGCCUGAUGUGUUUUAUAAUGGCUCAAUGGCACGGAGUAUCGUGGAAGACAUCCAGGGAGCAGGUGGUAUUAUCACCCUAGAGGAUUUGUUGGAGUACCAGCCUGUGCUGAAUGAGAACCCUCUGAAACUGAAUGUUGGGGAAUACACCAUGCACGUCCCAGACGCCCCCUCCAGUGGCCCUGUGCUGGCACUCAUACUCAACAUAGUGGACGGGUACAACUUCACAGACACCAGUGUCUCCACAGCAGAGGAAAAGACUCUGACUUACCAUCGCAUUGUAGAGGCUUUUCGUUUCGCUUAUGCCAAGAGGAGCAGACUUGGAGACCCACGUUAUCUCAAUAUUACUGAUCUCAUCCACAACAUGACCUCAGACUACUUUGCUGAUGGCAUAAGAAGUAAAAUUACAGAUGACACCACUCACCCAGACAGCUACUACGAGCCAGACUAUUUUGUCCCAGACAACCAUGGGACAGCUCACCUGUCAGUCAUAGCUGAGGAUGGCAGCGCCGUGGCCGCCACCAGCACCAUUAAUCUAUAUUUUGGCUCCAAAGUCAUGUCUCGAUCGACUGGAAUAAUUUUCAAUGACGAGAUGGAUGACUUCAGCUCUCCCUACAUAACAAAUGGGUUUGGAAUCCCUCCCUCCCCCAACAACUUCAUCCAACCAGGCAAGAGGCCGCUGUCUUCCAUGUGUCCCACUAUCAUCUUUGACAAAGAAAACAGAGUGAAAAUGGUUGUAGGAGCGUCCGGGGGCACAAAAAUCACCACAGCCACUGCCUUAGUAAUCCUGAACUCCUUGUUCUUUAACUACGACCUAAAGAAAGCUGUGACAGAGCCGCGAGUCCACAAUCAGCUCAACCCAAACAUGACGGUGGUGGAGCAGGGCUUCGAAAAGACUGUGCUGGAGGGUCUGGCCCAGAAGAACCAUGUAACACAACUGCUGAGGACUCCAGACUCCGUUGUCCAGGCGGUGGUGCGGCAGGGAGAGCGUCUCUGUGCAGAAUCUGACCCCAGGAAAGGAGGCUAUCCAGCGGGAUACUGAAUGCGACUUCAAGUCUUCCUCUGUCUGUCUGGACUGUCUCCUCAAAGAUACAGAGCCACAAUACACACAAGGUGUCCACACUAAAGACUAAAACAAAUGUUUAAGCUACAGAGACACAGUCACCAAUCCUUCUCUGAGAUGAAUUUCUUUUACUCAAACAUGGAAAGUGAUUCCAUUUCAAUACCUCUUUUACUCAAACUCAACUUUUCAGCAUCAUUUUUUAUUUUUGUGUUUUGAAGUAAGACAAGAGGUUGCACCUAGUUUGAAUCCUGUAUCAUCACUAAUGGAUACUGGUCAGGGAGGUGUUUUGGAGAACACACCUGUUUCUAUAUUAUAAACCUAUUUUUUGUAUUACACAGUAUAAAAACAAGUAAGUCCCAAAUAACGUAAAUUAUACUGUCAUCAGUAGAAAUGUUCAAUGGUUUCAUCACUAUGUUUAAGGUAACAAUGUGGUUAUAGAUUGUCCAUGUGCUAUUUACAUUAAUUUAAUUGUCUAAGGAAAGUAGAAAAACUAUGUCAAUAAUUGGGCAAUUUGUAUUGAAAAAAGGGCUAGGGGUUGUUUUAAUGUCAAACUGGUGAAAAACCAUCAAUUAAAAACUACCCCUACAAGAAUUCAUUAAUUAAAAAAAUGAGGACACCAGAGGUCGUUUGCCUGUUUUACCAAAAUAUCUACCUACAUCUUUCUCCUGAUGUGAGCUGAUCAUGAAACCAACAUUAUUUAGCAGAGCCUGACAAUGUUGUUGUCUACGUCACAAGUAUAGUGAAACUUACUUUUUGAAUUGUAAAUGUUUAAUAUCGAGUAGUGGUUCAGUGAAUGUAUAGUGUAUUCUGAAAAAAUACAUUUGCAGAUAUAUUUUUCUAAACAUGCAUUGUUCUCAUGCCAUGUUUGUUGCCAUGCUUGUUAUUAAA